AUGUUCUGGAAGUUUGACUUGAACACCACCUCACAUGUUGACAAGCUGCUGGACAAGGAGGAUGUGACGCUGCAGGAGCUGAUGGAUGAGGAUGACCUCCUACAGGAGUGCAAAGCACAGAACCGGAAGCUGCUGGACUUCCUAUGCCGGCAGCAGUGCAUGGAGGAGCUGGUGAGCCUCAUCACGCAGGACCCGCCCCAGGACAUGGAAGAGAAGGUCCGCUUCAAAUACCCAAACACGGCUUGUGAGCUCCUGACCUCAGAUGUGCCACAGAUCAAUGACAGACUUGGUGGGGACGAGGCCUUGCUGGACCUCCUGUACAGCUUCCUGACCCAUGCGGCACCCCUCAACCCUCUGCUUGCCAGCUUUUUCAGCAAGACCAUCGGCAACCUCAUUGCACGGAAAGCUGAACAGGUGGUCGUGUUCCUAAAGAAGAAGGAUGGGUUUCUCAGCCUGGUGCUGCAGCACCUGGGCACCUCAGCCAUGAUGGACUUGCUGCUGCGCCUAGUCAGCUGUGUGGAGCCGGCCAGCCUGCGGCAGGAGGUUCUGCAUUGGCUCAAUGGAGAGAAGAUGAUUGAGAAACUCGUGGGGCUGAUCCAUCCAGGCCAGGAGGAGGACAGGCAGUCCAAUGCAUCGCAGACACUCUGCGACAUCGUCCGGCUGGGUCGAGACCAGAGUGGUCAGCUGCAGGAGACAACAGAGCCCGACCCACUCCUUACGGUCCUAGAGUCGCAGGGUUGCGUGGAGCAGCUGCUCAGGAACAUGUUCGAUGGCCAGCAGACAGAGACCUGCCUGGUGUAUGGCACACAGGUCCUGCUGACCCUGCUGGAGGGGCGGCGUGCCGGGACAGAGAGCGGCACAGUGGACUCUUUCUCUCAGGGACUCUUGCGGCCACACAGUGUCAGUAGCAGCGUCCUGCAGGGCAUUGAGCCCCGACUGAAGGACUUCCACUGUCUGCUGCUUAGACCGCCGAAGAAAGGUGCAAUCCUGACCACCAUCGGGGUGCUGGAGGAACCCCUGGGUAACGCCCGUCUGCACAGUGCCCGCCUUGUGGCUGCCCUGCUGCACACCAACACACCCAGCGUCAACCGGGAGCUCUGCCGCCUCAAUACCAUGGACCUGCUGCUGGACUUGUUCUUCAAGUACACCUGGAACAACUUCCUGCACUUCCAAGUGGAGCUGUGUGUAGCUGCCAUCCUCUCCCAUGCCACCCGCGAGGAGACGACUGAACCCUCUGAGGGUCCCCAGCCUGUGACUGGCCACCCUGAUGACACACUGGUGACCCAUCUGUUCCAAAAGUGCUGCCUGGUGCAAAGGAUCCUGGAGGCCUGGGAAGCAAACGACCACACACAGGCAGCAGGUGGCAUGCGGCGUGGGAACAUGGGCCACCUGACCAGGAUCGCGAAUGCCGUGGUGCAGAACCUGGAGCGGGGCCCCUUGCAGACCCACGUCAGUGAGGUCAUUCGAGGGCUCCCUGAGGACUGCCGGGGACGCUGGGAGAGCUUUGUGGAGGAGACCCUGACUGAGACCAACCGCAGGAAUACUGUGGACCUGGUGAGCACACACCACCUCCACUCCUCCAGCGAGGACGAGGACAUCGACAGCGCCUUUCCCAACGAGCUGUCCCUCCAGCAGGCCUUCUCCGAGUACCAGGUCCAGCAGAUGACUGCCAGCUUCGUGGAUCAGUUUGGCUUUAACGACGAAGAGUUUGCAGACCAAGAUGACAACAUAAACGCACCGUUUGACAGGGUGGCGGAGAUCAGCUUCAGCACUGGUGCCGAUGAUGACAGUCCCCAUGCUGCGCUGUUUGAAGCUUGCUGUGGUGACCGCAUCCAGCCCUUUGAUGACGAGGACGAUGACAUCUGGGAGGACGGCGAGCUGAGCUGCUCGGCUCGAGUAACUGCCAGAGCCAGGUUCGGAGCCCCCCACGCUGCAGAGAGCGGCUCGAAGAGCACCGUGAAGAGCAGCGGUCAGGGCGGGAAUGCAGCCACGGACGGUGCCUCAGGGGCCACUCCUCCAGCUGUGGACAGCCGGAGCCUCGGCUUACCCGGCCCCGUGCACACAGGAGGCCCGGGCAUGGAGGCUGAUGCUGAAGGUACCAGGUGGGCCGCAGUGUUUGAUGAGCCCCUGAGUGCAGGCCCCCAGGCCCCAGGGGUGGCUGUGGACGUUGGUUCCAGUGUCUGGGCAGUCACCACACCUGGGGCCUCAUCACCAGAAGAGAAGGGCUGGGCCACAUUCACUGACUUUCAGCCUUUCUGCUGCUCUGAGCCCAGCCCCCGAUGCAGCUCCCCUGUGGACACAGAUGGCUCCAGUGUCCCGGGUGACCCAGACCAGAGCCCACAGAGAACCCCUAACCCAGCUCCCCCGAGUGCCUGGGAUGCAGUUGGUGGACAAGAGCAUGUCGGCUCAGACUUGAGCCAAGGGGCUCCAUCCCCUGCUGUGAAGGCUGCUGCUUGCAGGUCUGACCGCACACCGGGCACACCGCUGGACCUUGCAGCCCGCAACCCCAUUACCGCAGCUGAGGCUGUGCCCCCUGAGGGAGUCCCCUUGGCAUCGUCUCUGGCUACUUCCACUGCACUGACUGUGGUGGCCUCCCCAGGGUCCAUUGUGGCCGUCACCACAGUGGCCCCUCUGGGGACAAAGGACAGGAAGACAGAUGUGCCCUUUCCAGUGGAAGCCACCUCUAAUGGUCCUGUGUGA